UGCCCUAUACAGCUUCGGUAACAGGAUACGACUUACAAAAUGGCUGACGUUGGUUCAUUAGAAGAGCAAGCUCGUAAAAGGAGAGAAAAAUUGAUGGCAAUGAGAAAAAGAGCUGCUGAUAAAGACGCAGUUUCAAGCGAUGCAAAGCAUCCAAAAGAAGAGACGAACGCUGAACUGAAAUUAAGGAACUAUAUUCCUCUCGACGAAAAUCUAGUAUCUAAUGAGCAAGGCAAAGUAAAACCAGUCCAUGUUGAAACAGAGGUUUCUGAGCAGCUUGAUAAAGCAACACCGACUUUAACCGUCAAAGACGAAGUGGAUUUAUUGAACCUCGCUCCUCGAAAAAUUGACUGGGAUCUCAAACGAGACAUAAAAGGAAAACUUGAUAAAUUAGAAAGAAGGACACAGCGUGCCAUUGCUGAAUUAAUUCGAGACAGACUGAAAGAAUCGAAUUCGAUUGGUCCUCAACUUGCUGAAGUGUUAUCAACUCCUCAGUCUGAGUGAUUGUUGCAAAAGCGAUAAAUUCAGUUCGGCUAAUAGUAUUGCCAUAAGUGGAUUUCAGAACUUCAGCUUAUGGGUGAAAUUAUGAGCAAAUACUCGUUUGCUAAUUCAGUGUAAUGCUAUGGUGAUGAAAAAUUCAUUUGUAUACUGCUCUCCAAUGGUUGACUAAAUCAGCUACUGGUAGUUAGAUACGCUUACACAAUAUGAAGUGAACUAUACUUUGCAACCAAGCAUGUACAUUCAUAUGUGGCGAAACAACAUGCUGUACAUUGUGUAAAACUGAUAGGAACUUGUCAGGUAUCUUGCAUAGUAUGGUAAAA